GGGCGACCGCGAUGCGGAUGGCGGUCGGUGCGGCAGCGGGGGACGGGGCGGCGCAGAGCCCCGGCCCCGCCGCCGUGUCUCUGGGCUUGAGCGUGGCCGUGGUGUCCAGCCUGGUGAACGGCUCCACCUUCGUCCUGCAGAAGAAAGGGAUCGUGCGGGCCCGCGGGCGAGGUACUUCAUACUUGACAGAUAUAGUAUGGUGGUCUGGCACUAUUGCAAUGGCUCUUGGUCAAAUAGGAAAUUUCUUGGCCUACACUGCAGUCCCAACUGUGUUAGUGACUCCCUUGGGAGCGCUUGGCGUUCCAUUUGGGUCCAUUUUAGCUUCUUAUUUGCUGAAAGAAAAAUUGAAUAUUCUUGGCAAGCUGGGAUGUUUGCUGAGCUGUGCUGGGUCUGUUGUUCUCAUCAUUCAUUCCCCAAAGUCUGAGAGUGUAACGACUCAGGCUGAGCUCGAAGAGAAACUUACAAAUCCAGUUUUCGUGGGUUACCUCUGCGUAGUACUGCUAAUGCUUCUCCUGCUAAUCUUCUGGAUAGCUCCAGCUCAUGGACCUACUAAUAUCAUGGUUUACAUCAGUAUUUGCUCUCUCUUGGGCAGUUUCACUGUUCCCAGUACAAAAGGCAUUGGGCUGGCUGCUCAAGAUAUCUUUCACAAUAAUCCAUCAAGUCAAAGGGCUUUGUACCUCUGUCUGGUACUUUUGGCAGUAUUAGGAUGUAGCAUUAUCAUUCAGUUCAGGUACAUCAAUAAGGCACUGGAAUGUUUUGACUCCUCUGUGUUUGGAGCCAUCUACUAUGUUGUGUUUACAACUCUAGUCUUGCUGGCUUCAGCCAUCCUUUUCAGGGAAUGGAGUAAUGUAGGAGUGGUCGAUUUCUUGGGAAUGGCGUGUGGAUUCACUACAGUAUCUAUUGGAAUUGUUCUUAUACAAGUCUUCAAGGAGUUUAACUUCAAUAUUGGAGAUUUAAAUAAACCUAACAUGAAGACAGAUUAAUUUUUUUUUUCUUUUGAGGGGAAACUGGAUGGCUCAGGGAAAGAUAAAGAGCCUUUCAUUUCUAGGUCACUGAUUCAAACAUGAUUCAAGUUGGUAGUCAGCCUGUCAUGAUUUGGUGGCCUACAUGAAAUGAAUUGGAGGCCUCCAUCCAGUUUCAAAGGAACAGUUGUCCAUUGUACCCCAGUCAAUACAAUAAAUGACCUUAACUGGAACCAUGGAUUGAGUUAGCAUAGAGACUGAUGUAUUUCCUUACUUCAAGGGAUAAUCAAUCAGAAGAGAUGUGAGGAUAUUCUGACAGACUUGUGUGUGAAUCCUUCUAUUAUGGCUGCCCCUGAGGUAUUGUUUUUGUGGGUAGAAAACAUCAGUUUCUAACGCACUCAAUCUGACUCCUUUCCGUGAGUGAUGUAUACCUUAAAAAUAAGAGGGAGAAAAUGUGAGUUGAACAAUCUGUUAAUACUGCAAUGUGUUCACCGUCAAGGCUAUGAAUUCUGAGACUAAUGUUGGAUGAAUUAUGGACUGCAGAUUUGUCCUUUUUAGUGACUGUCUUGGCAAUUUGGUCUGCCAUGUGGUGAAGACACUGGGGAGUUUUAAAUUGAAUUCUUUACACAGAGCAGUGAACCUUUAAAAUCCUUCACUAUUUACUUAUCAGCUGAUGGUAGUGUUCAGGGUAUGCAUUUUCCUUUGUAACAUGUGCAUUAAGACAUACCGCAUUCACCUGAGAGUUUUUAAUUGGGAGCAGACAAAGACUGUAAAAGAUAUGGAAAUGAUGCACAGACUCAUUGCCUAUAUGGUGGCUUAUUUGUAAGCAGCUCAGAACUAUUUCAGUGCCUUUGUAAUCCAAAAAUACUGCAUAAAUGUGAAUGUAUUUGUUUCAGCUGGCCUAUAUUGGUUUAAUAAUUCAGUCUCACUGUCAGUACUACUGGACUGUAUUCAAAUUCUAAACAUGUAAAGCAUCCAGGAGACACACAUUUUGGAAGAAUUUACUAGCCUGAAUUGAAACUCUUAGAUGCUUGGACAGCUUUGUCAUAGUUGUAAUGGGAAAAGGUAACUUAUGAGAGGACUAUUUAAAGCCAGCCAACAUACCUUGAUUCUAAUUGACCAAAUGCAGGAAGGUAUGUUGCAAAGUAGUUAAUAAGCAGCAAAAACAAAAUAAAUGUUUAAGAGACAGAAGAGCAUAAAAUUUCUCAUUGCUCAGAAAAAGAAAAGAUGGCCUCGUCCUCUUGUAACAUGGGAAAAGGAGAUUGAAGCCUGACAAAGCGUAGGCAUUCAGAGAGCUGAGUUCAGAAAACCAACUGGAACAUACAUUCAGAUCCACUAACUUAUAGACCUUUAUGAAUAGUUCAGCAAUAAUAUUUUGACAGGUAGUACACAAUAGCUUAAGCUGCGAGUGGAAUGAUUCUGAACUGUUUAGGUUAAACCUUUUAGAGAACAUUUGUAUGUCAAAAAUAGUUAAUUUUCACAUAUUUAUAUUUGGUAGUUAAUCACAAGUCAAAAAUUCAUGAGGAAAGCUUGAAAAGUAACAAAUGUUUGCUUCCAUUUCGAGUACAAAACCAGAAAUCGUACAGUGGAACUGGGUCUCUGGGUCAGGAUGAAUUUUUGUGACUGGCUGAGGGCAAUACAAAUAUUGAUUAAUGGAAGUAAUAGUGUCCACUCUGAAGUGGGUUUUGUUUUCAUUUUUUUUUGGUGUGAAUUAAUGCUAUCUUAAACCUCACCUAUUGCUUGGAAGUCAGUUUGACAACUCUGAACUUUGGACUCAUGGUCUGAACUGGCAGAAAUGUGCCCUGUUAUAGACUGGCACAGAAAUUGUGUCUUGGCGUAAUAAAAUAGCACUAGCAGAAGAGGGGCCAUCUUGGAUUUGCAGAUACUUCAUAUGAUUUCUAGAAAGUUUCAGAAUUGUAGAUGGGGCAAAUUAGACUAUGAAAGAUAGUUUCUGAACUGUUGAUAUUGAUUGAAGAUGGUAUAUCGGUUAUCAGCAGACAAUUACGUUUUGUCACACUGGUUCCCUUUUUUUACCGAAUUGUACAUAAGUUAUGAGACCUGUAGUGAUCUACUUUUUAAAACGAUGUUAGUUGUUUUCUGAAGCAGUCAAAUUGUCUUUUCAAAAUCCACAUUCACGAGUUGUGUGUUGGUUCUGCACUAGCCUUUAAUCUCCAAACGCUUCCAUAAAGAACUUUCUUUAGGUUAAAGUGAUAAAGUCUGUGGUCUUAUCUCAGAUCUCCUUUGGCCAUAUUUGUGUGUUUUGUUUUAAAACAUUCUUUUUUAUUUAGAAAGUGCCUAUCCUAGGAAGUACGUUAGGUGCAUAUGCAAAUUAUUAGUUAAUAUUGUAUCCACAAUAACUUGACUGCCCUGUCUAAUUCUUGCCAUUUUCUGCAACACACAAACGAGUUUACGUGAUGAGCACUCUCUACGCAGAGUAACAAUUAAGUAGCAGCCAUGUCCUGUGGUCCUUUGGCCAUCCUUACAGCUGAUAAAUGUAUGUAUAAGUGUCUUCUCCCCGGCUGCUCCUCAUCCAUGGUGAGCUUUCUAGAAAUGUCUGGUUAACCUUGUUGUUUAAAACAGAUGUCAAAAGCCAGCACAUAAGAUGAAAGAAAUUCUCGUGGCCUUGCACAUCAUUUAUAUCUGCAGCCUUUUACAUCGUGAAUGCUAAAUAAUGGAAGCCUUUAUUUUUGCUACUUUGUUCAGUAUAUAACGAUGUUCUUUUGAGUACUGCUAUACCUGGAUCUGGUUCAAUUCUAACUUUAGAAGUGUAUUAGCAUUUUGUUGUCACUGCUGGUAUCACUCUUCCUCCCUCCAUCCAUUCUUCCUCCCUUUUUUGGUCUUUGCCCGUUGCUUUUCUGAUUUAAAAGGAGGCACUGUUGAAGUUGAAUUUUAGCUGUUCCUUCUUUUUUUUCCCACCUCUGUCAAGUAAGCACUUGAAAAAGACAUCUGAGUUCCAUCAUCUCAGGGAGCAAAUGUGCGUAGCUCUUUCCUGAGCUUUCCCUUGUGGAAGUGAUGGAGCCUACACGUGUAAAAUGGACUCAUUACAGUGGUGGGAUGCAUUUGAGUUAAAUUCAGCCCCAUACAAAAAGGUGUUUCACUCUGUAUGUCUGGCUUCUGUUGUACUUAUCAAACAUACUUACAUGUUACUCACUUGACAAUAGCGCUAUGAUGAUUAUCCCUUCAGUGUAUGGAGGAUUUACAUGUGUCGCUCCCAAUCUUUAUUAGGUGUCAAACACAAAAAUCCCUCAAAUGUUCAGUAGGAAAAUAGAAACGUUUUUGAUACAACAACCAAAAAAAAAAAAUUUGUUACCUUACGUUCUUAUGUAAAAAUGAAAAAUACCUAAGGUUAUCUGCUGUACUGACUUUCCAAAACAUUAUAUAUGUAAAUAGAUCCUAUUUAUUAGUGAGCUGAAACUAACGUUAAUGAGAACCUGUCACAUCACAGUUUGACAAGUGAGGCUUCCUAUUAAUAAUCUUCGUUUGUAUUGAACAUACGUAUUUUUCUGAGUAACUAGCACUGAAAAAUGAAAACACUGGAUUUUGUUUGUUGAAAUACUAGAAUCUGUGAGGUUUAGCUUUGCUUUUUAUUUGAAACAUAGGGGGUUUGUAUUUGAAGAAAGAUCUGGGGUUAGUAAGUUUGAGUGCUUAAAACUGGACUCUGCACGUUUUACCCUUCUCUUCUUUCUUCAUAAAUAUAAAGCAUUCUACAGAUGUUCCUCAGUUGUCUGGCUGAAGCUUCACUGUUAAAUCAAUUAUUAACAAAUAUUCAUCAGUUACCUGAUGUCUUUUCUUUACAGAGACCAAUCUUUGAAAUAAUUUUUCGGUGCUACUGAAUACAGGGUGAAGUGAUGCGGAAUGUUAGUAUACCAUGUGAGGCACCAAUGAUGUGGAAAGUUAUUACUAUUAGUGCCCGAGUGUUUCAGACAACAAUGUUGAAAUGAUCACAAAGUUAGAGAUUAAGAAAUCUUUCUUAAAAGCUGAAAAUAAGUGUUUUUGGUGGGUUUUCUUGUGUUUGGUCAGGUUUUUUGUUUUCUUUUUUUCCUCUAAACAGCGACUCUAGAGAGUAGAAAAUGUUACACAAAUGGGGUAUUUUUAACUUAAUUCUCUUUUUUUUUCAACUGUGGAACUUUCUUUUCUUACUUCUGUUUUCCUGGAAUGUAAAUAAACAGUUCUGAUGAGAUGUGGGGAAAAAGUGGAUGGCAACAAAUACACAGUGUCAGGUUGCUUCAAUGCUAUUGCAAUAUAGUCACUAUGGAUUACAUAAAAAUGGUUUAUUUUAUUAGCUUUCAAAUAAUGUAUACAUAUAUAUUUGUUAAUGGCUUACCAGUCAAGCUUACUCUUUGCUUUUUAAAAAAUAGUUACAGGCAUGUUGUAUUUGCCUUGUGUAAAUUAUAAGAGGCUAUUUAUUAAGUUUUCUGAUAACUAAUCUAUUUAUUAAUCUGUAAUGUUUUAAAAUAAAUGAUUUUAUUUCUAGCUCAA